UAGUUUUUGUACUUCAAACUAUCUUUAACUAUGUGUUGUAUUGUGAAAGCUUUUUGUAUAAUCUAUUGAGUAAAAUCUUCAUUUUUGAAAGCAGCAAAAUAAACAUAGAAGAGGUGAAAGUAGAAUAUUUACCUCUGAAAUGUGGUGAAGUGAAAAUAUAAAGCAGCAUAAAAUGGAAAUACUCAAGUAAAAUACACAGAAAUUGUACCUAAAUACAGUAGUAGAGUAGAUGUACUUAGUUACUCUCCACCACUGUGCAGCUGUUUUCAAUAAAGCUCCUUCUUUGUAAGUUUUUUUAUUUAUAAGACAGUUUGGAGGAAUCUGUUCUGGCAAAAGUCUGACUUUACUACAUGUGCUGAACACUGAAGUGCAAACUGUCAAAGUGAAAUGUAGCAGGAGACAGUGAAGCCGAGCUGAACAAAUACCUGCCUGGCAUACACACAGGUAUGUUAAAGUUCGGACAUCUGAGGUUACACAGCCCUGAAUUCUUCAUGAAAGGCACAAAAAUACCUUUAUUAUUAUUAUUUUUUUUUAACAAAACAAGAAUAAGAUUAGCUAAGAAUAAUGAAAAAGGAAGCACGUCACAUUUUCUAUUCAUUUUACUCUGAAAUACCUUGAAAAAUGUACAAUUAUUAUGCUAAAAUUUAAGCUUUCUGGCCUAAAUGUUUCAAGAUCCUAAAAGCCAGUAAGUUGUCUUGUCGAGAUCAAGUGUUCAUGUCGGUGCGGAGGAGGAGGAAGGAGGAAGAAGAAACCAAAAAACUGCUGUGUGGAGAAACAGCUACUGAGCAUGCCUGACAACAGAUCCGUCUCCAUGACAACAGAGCAACCUCCUCCCACUGAUGGAGACUCUGUGAAGCUGCUGAGAGUCAAAAAAAUGAUGCUGCGAGUUUUAAAGACAUUCAGAGAAAGAAUUUGGCCCUGAUUUGUGCAGGAUAAAAGCACAUUUGUUAUGAUGUUGUCAAUUGUAACCUCUAGUUCGCACCAAAAACAUGCAGCUCAUCUAAAUCCUUUUAUCGUCUCAGGUUUUACACGUUCAGAAGUAAAAUACGGAAUAUAUUUAGGUUUUAAACAGCAGCAGAGGAGACUCUUGGUCUUCCUUUCCUGGGGCGGUCCUCAUGUGAACCAGUUUCAUCGUAGCACUUGAUGGUUUUUGCGGCUGCACUUGGGGAUACAUUCAAAGUUUUUGCAAUUUUCAAAUCUGACUGACCUUCAGUAAUGAUGGACUGUUGUUUCUCUUUACUUAGCUGAUUGGUUCUUGCCAUAAUAUGGAUUCUAACAGUUGUCAAAUAGGGCUGUCAACUGUGUACUAACCUGACUUCUACACAACACAACCAGUCUCCUGUCUACACCCAGCUUCUUCAAGUUACUUUUUAUCAUCGUCUUUAAAUCUAAGCUUUGGUCUACCCUGAUUGCGUUUGCCCUGUGAGUAGAGUAACUGCCGAGGGAGAUGCUGGUGGUCCAUCUUCUCAACAUGUCUGAGCCAUCUCAGGUUCCUCUCUAUUAACAUGUCCUCCACUGAUGGUAGACCAGCUCGUUUCAGCACUUCUAUGUUGGUUGUCUUGUCUCUCCAUGAGAUGCUCAUUAUGGCUCGAAGGUAUGACGCAACGUAAAUAGUCGUGAAAAUGAAGAAAAAACAUUAAAUGAGGAGGUGUGUCCAAACUUUUGACUGGUAGUGCAUGUUCAGCAAUGUGCAACAUCAACUACAUUACUGUUUGUAAUUACAAUAAUGACCCACAUCACUGUUUUCAUAGGUUAUGCAAAACGUGCAAUAUUUUCCCGGUAAGUGUAGCGUAAAAUACUGGAAAAAUACAUUUUUAUUGUUUGUUAGUGCCGGUGACACACAACAUCUUUUCCGUUAGGGAGUCCUGGUUAAGAUAAGCAGCAAAAAUAUGUUAAAAGUAGGAAACAUACAUGUAAAACACUCCAUGUGCAUCUCCAAACUACUACACAGCAUAUUUCUAAUAGAUUUUUAUGUUUGAUAUUUUUUAUAUUUGCAAUGACAAUAAAGGAAAUCUUCUAUUCGUUUCUAUUGCAGCUGAUUGGAGUGAUGCAUCAGUGUUUCUGUAAUUUCUUAGAUUUAGAUUUGUUUAUUUAUUCUUUCAAGGUCUGUUGUUGUUGCUAGGCACUGCUCACUAUACACCGAGUCAAAUUCCUCGUGUGUACUCACUUGGCAAUAAAGGCUUUCUGAUUUCUGAUUAAACCUGAUUUAUCUUCCUUGUUGUGUCUCUGUGUUGCAGCUCGGAGGCCUUGCAGCAGGAUGUCUGCAUUGUGAGUUUACUUCGGCCGUCUGAAGGGGGAACAUCCCGCCCUGCUCUCUGCACAGGCGUGUUCUCAGGCAGCCAUGUGUUGCUCAACUUCCUGGAGGAUGGAGGCGUGACGUCGCUGCCCGCAGACAGGCCCGGACGGCGGCGAGAGGAGGCAGGAGGACGGACGCUGCUGCAGAGCCCCACCGCCGAAACGCACACAGGCAUCCAGCGGGGCAACGAGCACCGGCGGUCGGCCAUAAUGCGGCAUCAUCGCCCGCUGACCCCGGAGCUGAUGUGACUGUUUCCCCCCUCCUCACCCCCGGAACAGGGAGGGAGCCAGCAGCGCCUCUUCCCCGCCGGUGUCGCCCCGUCCUCGGUGCCGUCUGGAGAGCGCAGGCCGGUGGAGGGAGGGUGGAGGCUGGGAGGGCGGGUGGACAUGUCCUCGCUAACCGUGGAGGAGGACCAGAGAUGGGUACCGACGCACGUCCAGGUGACGGUGCUGAGAGGAAGGGGCUUACGGGGCAAGGGCAAGCACGGCACCAGCGACGUGUACACCAUCAUCCAGCUGGGGAAGGAGAAAUACUCGACCUGCGUGGCGGAGAAGACCACCGAGCCCGAGUGGAGGGAGGAGUGCUCCUUCGAGCUGCAGCCCGGCGUGCUGGAGAGGACGGCCGGCAGGAGCGCGUACCCGGCCGCCUGCAACGAGCUCGUCCUCACCGUGAUGCACCGGGCGCUCAUGGGGCUGGACGUGUUCCUCGGACAGGCGGUGAUCCAGCUGGACAAAGUGUUUCACGAGAGCAGAUGCGUGAAAAACGAGUGGUACAGACUCAACUCUAAGACGGGGAAGAAGGAGAAGGAACGAGGGGACAUCCAGGUCACCGUCCAGUUCACCAGAAACAACCUGACGGCCAGCAUGUACGACCUGGUCAUGAAGGACAAGGGAGCCUCCACCUUCAGCAAGCUAAAGGAGCGAAUGAGGGGCAAGAGGAGGUCCAGCGAUGAGGACUCCUCGUCGGCCAUCCUGCCCGGAGGAUACGGGUCUCUGUACCGGAUGCGCCAAAGACUGCCGAGCGACGGAGGCGGCGAGGAGGAUUACGAGGAUGACGAGGGCGGAGAGGCCCGGCGGAGCAAGAUGAGGACCUUCUUCCUGAGGGGGAAGUUGAGGAAAUCAUCCGACACUCGCUCCAGCACGUCUUUAGGCUCGGAGAGCAGCGAGUCUUCAUCCAGAGGAGGAAGCCUCAGUCCCACAGCUGGUAUCAGUGUGGUGGUCUCUGACCUCUCCAACUCCCCCAGUAACAGCAGCAACCUGACUGCAGACAACAGCCCAGAGCACACAGCCAACACGUCGCCCAAGUCGUCGUCUCUCAAAUGUGAGUUCGGUGAUGAGGCCGGUGAGAUCACCAUCGCAGUGCCUCAGCCCACUGUUUGCGUUAACGGAAGCCAUGCUUACGACGUCCAGCCGCUGGACCCAGGCUCAGGAAAACCCUCGGGUUCUUUAGGCUUGGGACUGUUGCAGAAGUCUUUGCCUCUGUCCAUGUCUCUGCAGAACCUCAACCCUCGGGCCUCCUCGGACCUCCCUGGAGGCCCGGCGGGAGACGGCCGCCGCUGGUCCUUCGACAAACCCGGCGAAGAGGAGAAAGCUGCCAUAGCGGCGGCGCUGGAGAAAAGCGGGCCGAUGGUGGUCGAAGAAGACGCCGGGGAAGCGGCUCCGGCCGAAGCCGCCUCGUCCUCGUCGGCUUCGUCGGAGCCGGAGGUUCAGGGGAAAAAGCAGAGGAGGAACUUGUUCUCCCACGGCAGGAACGAGUCCGCCGGGAAAGCUCAGCCCAAGGAUGAGUCUGAACAGGCCCCCGCAGCCGCCGAGGAGAAACACAAGGGAUGGUUCGGAUCAAAAGACUCACACAGCAAACUCAGCCCGGUGGUGUCACCUACACUAGAGCCCAGCACUGACCCCCACCCACCUCCACCUCCACCCACUCACCUCCCCUCGGGUUCCCCAGUAGAAGCUGCCUCCUCUCUGCACCACACUAACCCCUUCUGCCCCUCACAGACCUCUCCGCCUCCCAUCUCCCCCUGCAACCCUUUCUUCUCUCUCCUGCAGCACAACCCUUUCUAUGAGGACAUGCUAACCACUCAGCAGCUAAACCCUCCGCUGCCUCCUCUGCCCUUUCUUUCCAGUUCCCGGCCCCCCAUAGCUCGACUCUUCCCCGCAGAGGACUCAAUCGCUGACUCAAACAGCCGAGCGAUGGCCAAAGUUUGGGAGCGACCCCUUCCUCCAGCUCCCACGGAGGCCAAGAAGCCUCUAGUCAAGAAGUCCUCCAACCCUUUUAUGUCUGUGGAAGUGAAUUCAGAGUGGGACGAGUCCUUUGAAGCGUUUGCAGCUGGCAGGCUGCAGUCUCCUGAGGAUCUCACCACAGACUGCAAAACACAGCAAAACAGAGCCAGUGACCAUCGGCUGGAACGCUGCAAUAAUAAAGGAGCAUUUCUGCCCAGAACAGAUCAAAACACCAAUGUGAACGGGGUGCUACAUCACCAGGACUGGACGAGGGAUUUCUCUGAAGCCCAUAAAUCCACCAGCCAGAUGAAGACCGCACAUCACCUUGACGCUUUCCCACAAUUCCUCGAAACAAUCCCAGAACACAGAAGCUUUGAGACGACUUUAGAUACUUCCACUAACUCUUUAGCUUGCACUGAAACUAAACAAGACUCUACUAAUGAUUUCACUAACACGCAUCAAACUCAGCCGUCCGUACAACCAAACAGCAGCUCUCCGGAUCCCAGCUCCUCGGGUCUCGGCAGCUCGGUGGAAGAAGAUUUCCUCUCAUGUCUCUCGUCUCAUUCUGACAAAUUCUCUGCAUCCUCUUCCUCUGAGGAAGCUGAAAGCAACAUCCUGGGCUUUGAGAAAUUCUCUGAGUCAGCUGUGAGGAAAAAUGAAAGGCCCUCAGAGUGUGAGGACGACGUCGCUGACAGGUCAAAUGAUCUGACUUUAGUUGAUGAUGCUCAGAAAACUGCAGAUCUGAGCGGUUUGGAGAGAACUUUCGCACCACGAUCCACGGAGAUUUCACAUCUGCCCCCUGAUGAGACAAGAACUGAAGCUGCAGAUAUUCAGACACUCAACAUUUCAAGCAUUUUGCACCCCGAUCUCUCGCUGAAACUCCCCGAAACACAACCAAAUUCUGAUGAAAGUAGAGAAAAAAGCCUAAACGAUGAACUUUCCUCCACACCGCCGCCAUCAUUACACAUCACAACCUCCUCCCCUGGUGUCAAGAAGCAGCAGGAUUCACCACUUUCCAACGAUUUCCUCAGCAUCAGUCAAAUCCUGAACACUUCUGGCCAAGACGGCACUCUGAUUUCUGACCAGAGCUCCAGCAGCUUCCUCCAAAGCCUGUACGUCAGCACCGACUCUCAGGGUUACCAAACCUGCGAGUCUCGACCGGCCUCCGUAGAACCCAGUGAGACGCUUCACUCCGCGAACUCGACGCUCUGUGGCGAGUUGAGCGUGAUCAGAACAGCUAGCGGUGUCGCUGCAGGCCCUUUAGAUUCCACAGAUGCAGCAUGUAGUGGAGAAAACAGCCAAACUGAGACCCACGUGGGCGAAGGAGUUGCAACAAACCAGCAUGGCGUCUUAGCUGAUGCAAAAUGCCCUCAGGCGCUAAACGCUACACUACAUCGCUCCCACUCCGAAGGAUCGCUCGCACCUGCCUUCAACGAACUCCUGACGUCUUUCGGUAGUGAUCCAGGUGAGCUACAAGAACCCUCCUCCUCCGACCUCCCCUCUCUGACCUCCUCUGCCCCCUCUCUAACUCCUCAAAGCUCCCCCGUAGCGCUCUCUGUCCUCCCUCCCUUUGCUUCCGCGAGGUCGCAGCCGCCGCAAGCCGCCGAGCCAAUGCCGCAGGAGGCCGAGCAGCAGGCAGCCAAUCGGCAGCACAGCCCCCACCUAGUGAAGCCCCUGACCACUGCCAUGCCGGCUGAGGAGAAGCGGUCAGUGCUGGCCACCGGCCUGGAGAAGCUCAAAUCCACCAUCAAUCCUGGGAGGAGCAGCCAGAUCAGCGAGCACGAGACAGAGAGGAAGAAGUCCCUGACAGAAGGAGCGGGUUCGUACUACCACCUGACCCACAGCGAACUGGUGGCCCUGCUGGUGCAGCGCGAGGCCGAGCUGGAGAGGCAGAAGGCCGAGUUUGAGCGUCAGAAACUGUUGUUGGCCAAGCGUGAGGUGGAGCUGAGGAGGCUGAAGCCGCAGGUCAAAGAUCUGGAGGACUACAUUGACACGCUGCUGGUGCGCAUCAUGGAGCAGAAGCCCACCCUCUUGCAAGUCCGCUCCAAGUUCAAGUGACGACGUCGGGGGGUUCCAAGGGUUUGCAGUUCAGUCCGCAUCUGUUCACUCUUAACCUCCACAACAGCUCUUUAGUCUUUUCACUGCUAUGCUGUCCUUUUUGAUACAAAUAUUUAGGCACUGAGAGAUGUCGAGGCAACGUUUUUUCCGGCCGGCAUGCUUUACUGUACUGAAACAUGUUGAGAAAAAAUUAAAAAAAGGUUCAGUCCAAGGGGGUUUUGAAUGUAGCGCGUCCUCAGGUUGUUUUCAGGUUCACAAAGCCAGGUGGCGGCUUCACGGCCCGGAUGCUUCCAUUUUUUGGGAUCCUGGUUGCAGAAACAUUGAUUCCUCCUUUUCACCUCACCUGUCACUUCUGUCACCGUAUCACAAAAGAGAGAAAACUGUAGGGUUUCGGUCCAGAAUUCCGUGUAUCCAACAACACUUCCGCAAAAGUGUUGAGGAAAGCUGAUAGUCUGAGGAGCCACUCAGGUGAUUAUGCAUGUUGUAGUCCAUGAACUAAAACUGUCAGAUCAAUUUUUGGUCGUUUUUACAGCAUAUCAAUAGGUUUUAGAUUGAUUUUCCUCUUUCAAGGCAACCAUAGGUUCUGCUGAAGACAAAAAUCUUCCACAGUGACCAUUUUGUUGCCUUUUUUUAUGUCAGUUCGUUACUUUAUGAUUAACAGAUUAAUCAUAGACUGAAAACCUGUCCAGGAUGUACUGCGCUUUUCACCUAAUUUUUUAAUUUUUUUUUUCUUUAUUUAACCAGGAGAGAUCCCGUUGAGAUUAAGAACCUCUUUUUCAAGGGAGUCCUGGCCAAGAUAGGCAGCAGCAAAUACAAAACACAGUUAUGAAAUUACACAGUUAAGACAUGAUUAAAAUACGAAAAAAAAAUGAGUUUACAAGCAAGUUAUAAAAAUCACGUGCAAGUGUUAAAACUUACCAUUUUAAGCAUGUAGGUUGGUGCUUGGAGGUUUUUCAUGUAGUGAGGAGGAUUUAAAAACACUGAUCAAUCCCAGUUGUCUUGGGCGAAGCUAAGCCCAGGAUGCAGUGAUGGUGCCCCUGCAAAAUAAUGACUGAAACUGCUAAUUCGCUGAAAAACCCAAGCACUCGUGCGUUAUUUGACGAUCCAAAUCGUCUUCAAAACUUGUCAUUUUCAGCAUGUUGGUUGCUGCUCUGAGGUUUUUACCUGCAGUAAAGGGGAUUUUGAAAACUGUGGCGUGCUAGCAGAAUAGGAGCAGAAAAAUGUGUAAAAGCGCAGCAGAAAUGGCAGAAUUAUACCCAAAAGUGUACAUCUGGUGAGUCAGAAUGCCCUCAAAAUGAAGUCCACUGUAUUAUACAAUAGUGACACAUUACUAAUAUCAUAACAAAGGCAACAAAAUGUUUCCUGCAAAGGAUUUAAAGGCUUGACUGAGGUGAUCCACAAACUAGAAUUUAAAGUAAAAUCUUUGAGUACAUUUUGGAAAAUUCAUAUCAAGCAAAUACAAAUGUGCAAAUCCACUGGUGUGCUUCUGUCACUUUUUCUCAUGAUAUACGUGUUCUAUUUUGGAUUGACGCCCUACAGAUGUUCCCUGAUGAUAAAUACCGAGUGCUCUGACUAGUUUUCGAACCUACAAACCAAAAUGAGCUGUGUGAGAGUUCAGCUUGGUCACGUGCACAACACUGGGAACCGAUCGUAGCUUCCGAAUGUUCAAAAGUGUUCUUAGCCAGCAAGUGAAUGGUUUUUACUUUUUCGACGCAUUACAAGUGCUGUUUAAUCUUUCGCUCGUUCCUUCCUCUUUCCUUUCUUUCCAUUCGACGGGGCAUGUCUUGAAACUUUACCCAUGAUGCUCAGCCACAUAAGCUAACUCGAUUGUCGUAUGGGUCACGGUGUUAUCAGGUGAAGACAGUAUCACUCAGUAUCCAGUCAGUAUCAAGAUCAGCCAUCGCAGCUUCUCUGAUCUCAUGCUUCUUGCCUUCCCACAUGUGCGUUAUCGUUGAGAAGAUGCCUGCGACAUGCUGGUACUCGACUUCCCUCCUUUCAGUGUCACAUCUCGCUUCUACACGAGCACGCAUAUCGCUUCCACUGCUUUCAGGUGUUACAAAGGAAUAUAUACCGCAUUUUACAGCAUAUAUGCCGUAUUGAAAUGCCAAACGCUGCCUUAUUUUUGUUCCGUUCAUCGAGAAUCUCGCACUUCAUUUUACUUGUCGGGGCUCGGGGCAGGUUUUGAAAAAAAAGUAGAAAAGCCAUCUGUUCACUGAAAGUUUUUCCCUUUAUUUGUUUUUUUUUUUUAAAAUUCUUCUAAAGCUUUGUUAUGAUAUUGUUUAGGCCACUGCACAAUAAUAAAUUGUAUGCAUACCAAUAGAACCUGAGUAGUUACAGUGAUUUCCUGUGAAAUGCCAAAAAAAAAAAACUGACAAAAAAAAUGCAAUAAAAACAAAAAAAAAAAAAAACACAAAGCCUUGAAACUUAAUCUAUGGAGCAGAUCGAUACACCAUAAAGUAUUCUGAUAUGAUGCCACUUUUAACAGCAUUUGUGGAUGUUCUUGCACUACUUAAUCGUCAGAAGAAAACUCUGCUGUACCCGUCUGUCUGAUCUCGGUAUAGUUAGAUGUACUUUACACCGUACUGCACUUUCUAAUCGCUCUGUGAUUCCAGCACUCGGCCUACUUUUGACACCACAACGAUGAUUAGCCAGUGAGCUCAACGCAUACAAAACGCAUCUAAAAACCAUCUCGUCAUCUCAGUUCUGCUGUGCGAUCGCAAUACCAAGUGCGUAGAUGACUGUAGAGACAUUUUUAAAUGUGACUCAGCACUUUCCGGAGUGCAAAAAAUAAACAUCCUCGUUCAUGUCUUCCAUUUUACAAGGUUUCUUAUUUAAGUUUCUACUGAUUGUAUUUUGUCCUGGACUGUGUAGCUGGUGGAAUGUGCUUAAGGUAGUAUGUGAGAUUGGAACGUUUACAAUCCGUGAUGCAAUUCUGUUUCACAAAUUUUGUAUAUUUAAUAAAGAAUAUUUUGUGUUUCUUGCUCACCGUA